AUGACCGAGACGGAAGCCGCUGAUGCACCUGGCACCGUAACGAUAGCUGGCCUGCACGGUCAACUCGUAACUUUUCCUGCAGACUCGGAAGCUUUGCGCGGUGGUUUCCAUCACUCGCAAGUGGAGGAAGGCGACGAUGGAGGCGUUGAGGCAGGCGGCGAGGAGGGCCAUGCGGAAAGCGAGGAAGAUGACGACCACGAAGGCGAGGAACAAGAGGACGGUGAAGAUGCCGCAGGCGAUGAGAAUCAACAGCAGCCACAUUUCGAGCCAGUUCUCCCCGCUGCGCACGCUGGAGCAGCAGUUGGUAACGGGGCUGCGCCGUGUGAAAACCAGGUUCCGAUCAGAGGAGCCCGUUCAGCUCGUAAGCACAUUGUUCCCGAUGCGCAUCAUGCCGCCAUCAACCGACGACUUGAAGCCGAGCUGGAGGACCUGCGCAACACCUUGGCGGUGAUGCAGUACAAUCAAACGACCCAGCAGCAGAUCGAAAAGGAGAGGGAUGAGCUGCGUCAAGAGGUUUCGGCGCUUCGGGAUGAGAUUCAGGCGUUUCGAUCCGGAACGCACGCAAUAGAUGGACCUGAUGGCGUGGACGACCCCCGAAUCAACAUGGACAGGCUGCCGAAGGUGGACGGGAAAAUCCACAUUCCCACCAGCUUGUCCGACGACGAGGCGUUCGCGUGGCCCAUGGCUCACUGGAAGGGCAAGAGCUCGCCUUCCCUGGACACAGUCGAGCUCAACAACCGCAACUGUGUGACAGCAAAGACUGCUGUCUGUGCAUCCUGGCUGAAGGAUUGUCUCGAGAGGAACCCUGCGCUGUUCAAGGCAGAUGAGCCGCAGGGUUUUGAGAUGUGUGAGGGUUUCAAGGAUGGUAACAAGGAGUUUAAAGAGGACGCCGUUCUGUUGCGCCACGCGCUGCAGUGCAGCACGAAGCAGUGGGGCGAGCUGGAGAGGAGCGGUCAGCUCAAGAGGAGCAACAAGUCGUGCUGUAACCGUUACAGCUUCCUCCGAAGGAAGUUCACUCAGCACUUUCGCGAGAGCUUCCUGAGAAAUCACCUGGGAGGUGCUGCGUUCCUCCAGGGCGUUUUAUUGGACGGAGACAGUUCGCAGCUGCUCUGUCGGGAUUUCCUGCAGCAGCAGCAGCAGAGUCCGGAGCGCGUGGGUUCAGCUGCUCUCGCGUUCGGAGGGCUGUUGUUUGAUGAGUGCACGGCCGUCUUCUUUGCCCCCAACGCACGCUGCUGCCGCCAAGCACCCUCACUGAACCUCUCUUCUCUCGCCAGCCCCCCUGCCUCCCAAGCCGCCAGCGUCUCUGCCACUGCGGCUGCUUCUAUUGCCGAGUUUCCAGUGUCCCAUCCCGUUGCUGCUGCCACCAAUGCUGCUCCGCGUCGUGCGCUGAAGCGACCAAGGGACGACUCCCCCACGCUUGGGGCACAGCAACCGCUGCUCGGAGGGCGCGAGAGCUGCUUCGUGCCAAGGAAGUUGGUGCGAGGCGGGGUGUUGCAAAGCACGGAGCGCCUUCAGUCAGUGGCAGAGCUGUUUGAGCAACAGGGGGCGAGCAGCCGCGCACAGGCAGCGGACGAAUCCCUUCUGGAGGCGCUGCUGCAGGAGGAGCAUCGCCAGCAGCAGCAGGGAGGAGUGGGUAGCAAGGUGCAGCGGGUGUUGUGGCCGCGCGUUGGGUCGGAGAGUGCCCUUCCAGACGACGUGCAGCUGGGGUGCAGCAGUGACAAACCUGCCUCCAGGCAACGAGGUGCUCCGUAUGCUCCUCUGCCCACCCAGCCGCACGAAGCACUGGCAGCGUCAAUGCCUUCCCAGGUCGCUGCUCUGCCUGGCACCGCUCCCUGCUUUGGCAAUUCCACGCCUUGCUUUGGGGAUUUCACUCCUUGCGUUGGGGAUUUCGCAGUGCACCAGGAGGAGUGGCUCCGCGUUGCGUUAGAGAGUGCCCUUCCAGACGACGUGCUGCUGGGACUCUGCUGCGAGGACCCUCCCUCUGCGCAACGUUCUCCUCUGUCUGCUCCUGCACCCGCCCAGCCAUUCGCAGCACCGAUGCCCUCGCCGCUCGCUGGUCUCCCUAGCCCCGCUCGUGGUAGCGCGAGCAGGCACGUUACAGCGAUGCUUGCCGGGAGUACCUGUGGCACGCAGGAGCAGGAAUACCUGGAUUCAUGCUUCGACAUGCUCGGCAACAUAACCAACACUGACAACAAUGACAAGCACAGUGGCAGGGACAACGGUGCGCUCUUUCUCGACACGCCCGUGGCUCACGUGCUGCUGGGUGGGAGUGCCCUCGCCGUGCCCUUGGCGAGUGGACCUCAGGCUGAGGGGCCUGCCAUCCCACGUGCUGCUGCCACAGCCCUGCCAGAGUGGGCGGAGGAGCAGGGAGCGGUCGGGGAGGGAGUCGCCAAGGGGCACAGGCAGCAGCAGUUUCUCACCCAGGAGGGCGUGCUUGCGCAGUGGAAGCCUUGUCAGUACCUUGAGCUUGACCGCAUGCUCUCCCUGCCACCGCACCAGCCAUAG